AUGGCGUCAACCAAGACCGCAGCCCAGAAAUCAAUCUCCGAACACCUCACCGAAUGGGGCUCAUCAUCCCUGCCCCCAUCCCUCCUCGCAACCCUCAUCACAGCCCUCCACGCCCGCCCCCUCCAGGCCCUCCCCCUAACCCUCUUCACCCCUACCCUCCUCUUCUCCAGCUACCUCAACCUCUCCGGCUACCCCACCGCCAGCGCCGGCCUCACCGCCGCCUGGUCCGGCCUCUACGCCCUCCUCGCCCUGCGCAGACGACAGCCCUUGAGGGCAAAGUUUUCCAUCAGGGGCAUCGUCCGGGGCACCGCCGUCGGCCUGGGGGCGGCCAACUGCGUGGCUGGCGGAUGGGUGUAUUUGCAUGGGAGCAAAGAUCGGGACAGGGAGGAGAGGCUCAAGAGGAAUCGGUGGGGGCAGUUUGAGGAGAAGAAGUGA